GGCAGCCCUCUUGCGAAAAAAACCACCUCCCCUCCCCCCCCAGCCCGACAGACCAAGUCAUCGUCAACCCGCCGCCCGCACGACAACGAUUUUCUCGCUGCGACAGCAAAACCCCGAAAAUCAAGAUGUCUCACGAAUCCGUCUGGAACUCCCGCCCCCGCACCUACGGCAAGGGCUCCCGCUCUUGCCGUGUCUGCACCCACUCUGCCGGUCUCAUCCGCAAGUACGGCCUCAACAUCUGCCGUCAGUGCUUCCGUGAGAAGGCCAACGACAUUGGCUUCACCAAGCACCGCUAAAUCCCCCCUUUCUUGACAUGAUGGGAGGUUUUGGUAGGGGACGAUGAUGAGGGGAGGACACAAAGGGUCACAGCAUCAUCACAGUCGAGUUCCAAAUCGUUUCGUCAUCUACGGGAAAUGCAAAAAAUGUCCAGCCAAAGCAAUUUGUCUCGUUCGCGCGCGACGUGUGUCCCUAUAUCGUUAGACGGCAUGCCGACGACGGAAAUCUCGACAAAGAUGGAUUAGGGAACAACGACAACGAAAAAAUGGGGGUUCAGCCUUGAUCCAUGACAAACUACAACCCGAGACGACACGACGACACUUGACGAAAACGAACAAAGUAGCAAUGCUUUUGUUCAUCAUCACAUCCCUUGGAGUUUUUGCUUGCUUUGCUUGGUUUUCUUUCGGGAUUCGGGUUUUUGGGGCCUGCGGAGUCAACACAAGCAAAAGAGGAACAGGGCGGCGGACUGAGGAACAGCAGAGGUUAGACUCUGUCUGUUUCCCUCCCAUCGAGCGAUCAAUAGACCGGCGUGAUUCUUUGGUCAACCAGCAUUCUGUCUCGUUCUC